GCACGACGUUACAGUUGCAAGUAGAGUUCAAAGUUCAAUGAUUAACCAUCAAAAUAGGAUCUAGCUGUGUGUUGUUGGUUGUCUUUACGGGGCGAAAACAGCUGCGCCAGCAGAGACAACAUCGUUUGAUUCGCGCCGGUUAGUAAACGGAGCAGUCUGAGCAUGGUGGAGACUUAAAAGGUGCAUGUCCGCACAGUUAAGCUGGGAAAGGAAGGACGGCUAGCUGUUAGCCCGCUAGCGACAGGAGCUAACAUUAGUGGGUCGGGGGAACGAAAACGGCAGCUAUGUUCGUCCAGGAGGAGAAAAUAUUUGCGGUCAACGUGCUGAAGGUCCACAUCUGCACCGCGGAGGGGACGGAGUGGCUGGAGGAGGUGACCGAGGACACCACCGUGGAGAGGCUCAAGGAGAAGUGUCUGAAACAUUAUGUGCACGGAAGUCUAGAAGACUUGAAAACACUGACACACCAUAAACUUAUCCAUGCUGCUUCAGAGCGUAUCCUCACAGACACUAAAACGGUCAACGAUGAAAACAUCAAAGAUAGAGAUGUUUUGCUGCUGAUAAAGAAAAGACCACCCCCUCCACCACCAAAGAUGUCCGACAUAUCUGCAGAUGAAAAGCAGAAGAAGCAGGAGAACAAGGCUCCAGACAAGGAUGCUAUCCUUAAAGCCACCGCCGCCCUGUCAACUAAACACACCGACCGCACGGUCACCCAGCACAACAUCCGAGACUUUCAAACAGAGCUCAGGAAGAUCCUGGUAUCUCUGAUCGAGGUGGCCCAGAAGCUGCUGGCCUUGAACCCGGACGCAGUGGAACUGUUCAAAAAGGCCAACGCCAUGCUGGAUGAGGACGAUGAGGACCGGGUGGAUGAACAGGCACUCCAUCAGCUGACGGAGAUGGGUUUCCCUGAGAGCAGAGCCAUCAAAGCUCUUCGCUUGAACCACAUGUCGGUCACCCAGGCCAUGGAAUGGCUGAUCGAACAUGUCGACGACCCCUCGGUGGACACUCCUCUCCCGGGCCACGAGACGUCAGGGGCUGCAGGGGCUGCGGCCACGGCCCCAGCGGGUCCCUCUCUCGUCGGCCCCGCCUCGCUGUCCGGGGUGCUUCAGCUCCGGAGCAUCCGCCAGGCCUCCACAGAGGAGAGCAGCAGGCAGGACGAGCUCACCGAGAUCUUCAAGCGGAUCCGCAGGAAACGAGAGUUCAGGCCGGACUCCAGGGCAGUGAUUGCCCUGAUGGAGAUGGGCUUUGAGGAGAAGGAGGUGGUGGAUGCUCUGAGGGUGAACAACAACCAGCAGGAUGCUGCCUGCGAGUGGUUGCUGGGAGACCGGAAGCCCUCCCCCGAGGACCUGGACAAGGGCAUCGACACCAACAGCCUCCUGUUCCAGGCCAUCCUGGAGAACCCAGUCGUCCAGCUGGGCCUCACCAACCCCAAGACUCUUCUGGCGUUCGAAGACAUGCUAGAAAAUCCUCUGAACAGCACGCAAUGGAUGAAUGAUCCAGAGACUGGCCCGGUCAUGCUCCAAAUCUCCAGAAUCUUCCAGACCCUAAAUCGUACAUAGUGUGUGUGUGUGUGUGUGUGUGUGUGUGUGUGUGUGUGUGUGUGUGUGUGUGUGUGUGUGUGUGUGUGUGUGUGUGUGUGUGUGUGUGUGUGUGUGUGUGUGUGUGUGUGUGUGUGUGUGUGUGUGUGUGUGUGUGAGUGAUGGGAGGAGGUAUUGGUUUGCCUUGAAAAGUGAAAGCCCUAGGUUUGGAUUGACAAAUGUUACGCAUAUUGUCUAUUUAUGACAUUUACAGACAAAGCCCUUUUAAAAUUAAAUGUUACCUUGAACUUUAUUAUUAAGAUCUCAAUAACUGAAAUUUAGUAAGUUGUUUUUACAUUUUAAUAAGAACUUUAUAGUUAGGAUGGACAUGAUUUAUUUUAUAUAAUUUCUCCAUGUGUGAAAAUAAUAGAUUUUUAGGCAUCAAUUCAAUGUUUACACUUCUGAAAACUUUUUUUGUAUGUUUUGCAACAUUUAAAAUUCAAUGUUUCUGGCUGUUAAAUUUCUUCAGCAAUGAAUGUUAUAUUUUUGAAGAGGGAGGGAUGCUCUUAAUUCGAGUUUCUCUGGCCUUGUUAAAGAAGCGUGAUUGUCCGUGAUCAUUGAAUAUGGGUUUGUGACACAUUACCGCUAGAAGUUCAGCUUUGAGGGCCUGCCUGCCUCGUUACUGUAAAUCACACUUGUAUCGAUUUUACAACAUUUCAACAAUUGUCCUUGUGCAAAUUUGAAAAUAUUUAUUUAAUAUUUUGCCUUUCAAAGAAGAAUAUACACUGUCUAUUUGCGUCCGUCAUAUUUCUACAAACAUCGUAUUAAGGAGAGCUGUCUGCUCUUGAAAAUUAUGUUUCUCUCAUCUAGAACUUUACUGUUUUUCACUUCAGCACUUGAAGAACAGACACUCCAUCUCCUUUUGUAGAACACAUCACACAUGCUGGAAUAUUAUAUUUCAAAAGACCUCACCUAAGCAUAAGACCUUUGCAAAUGAGCGUUUCAUUAAACGUUAUUUGAUGCUUCGUCACUUCUACCAGAAACAAGGCAACACAUUGAUUUAUAGUUAGUCAUGCAAACACAAUUAGUUGUGACAUAUGAAAUGGUCCUCAUUUUUUAUAAGAGCCAAAAAGAUGAAUACUCCUCAUCCUCAUCAUCCUCCUCAUCGUCAUCCGCUUAUCCGGGGUCGGGUCGCGGGGGGAGCAGCUCAAGCGGGGGCCCCAGACUUCCCUUUCCCGGGCCACAUUGACCAGCUCUGACGGGGGGAUCCCGAGGCGUUCCCAGGCCAGUGUUGAGAUAUAAUCUCUCCACCUAGUCCUUGGUCUUCCCCGAGGUCUCCUCCCCACUGGACGUGCCUGAAACACCUCCCAAGGAAGGCGGAAGAUGAAUACUGUCAAACCAAAACCAAAAUUCACUUGCCUUGUCGUUAUUUGUCCUAUAAAACCACAUCCCAGGUUUCUGUUGAAUUAGUCAGGCAGAUAGGUUUAACAAUUGUGGGAUUACACGUACAAGCAUGAAAUUUGGCACAAUUAUAUGUAAUAGUCUAAUGAAUAAUUCCAGAUAUGGAGCCACCAGGAAAACGUCCUAUGGUAGCCAUGGCGGCCAUUUUACAAAAUGGCCGUUUUGACUGCAAUUAUGUUUUACCUAACGACACAAAUGCUUCAUUAUGUUCUAAUGAAAUUACUCUAGAUACACAUAUAUGCCAUAAUUGUAUUCUCCAAAUGACCACAAUUUGCAUUUGUGUUGCAAGCAAUGUCAAUUAAUCCACCAAGGAGCGUAAUAAGUGCUGCCUCAAACAUUUUCUGAGCCUCUGUUCAGGACUAAAAUUCAGGACUACAUGUUUCCAGUGAAAAACAAAAUUAACUAGUUCACAGGUAAGUAUAUAAUUAUUUUAGGUAAACUACUAUGAAAUGAAAACAGGUGGUUCUGAACAUUUAAUAUUAGUGAUAGUGACAUUAUUAAACAAUAAAGCACUGUUAAGGUAAGUUACAAGAUAGUUCCAGUUCGAUCUUGUUUAUACGUCACAAUUUUCUCCACCACACUGGCACAAAGCAGUACAUUUCAAGCCAGCUUAUUUGCACUUGCAUCGUCCCUUGCAACCCUUUUUGCAGUUACAACAAAUCAGUUGCCUUGAUGAAGUGUUGGCUUCAGGAAGCGUGGACCACAGGGGUUUCCAGUUUUGGGGAUCGAUCCAUCCCCAAUCCCCAGGUGAGGGCAGAUCCAUAACAACCUUGAGCAUGUUUCCCCAGCAGUGCCCACCCGUGUACACAGCCCUCUUGAUUUGUUGGACCAGGACUCCUCUGGUAGGGGGAAUGGCUUUCAUGGUUCGUCCUUUCUUCGACAAGAGUGCCUGUCGAGCUUCGUCUAUGUUGAGGAGAUUGCUGGUGCAAUCGUAGAGAAGAAUGGUGAACUGCUCAAGCACUGCCACCAUGUCAGAGAUGUCUGCUGUCCCCGUGGAAAGAUCAACUAAGUCUGGUGUCAAUUCGUCAAAUACUUUCCAGGUAUCCCAGGCUAUCUUCUUUCCCCUGUUGUAUUAAAUGACGACACUGUCACACCCUGUGUAAGCAUGAAACAUCGGGAGGCCCUGUGACUUAUCUGGUCCGAGGAAUGCUGCAAUUUCACUUCACAUCUGAACCAUUCGUGGUGACGAUCUGCUUAUCUGAUACAAGAUGUGUUUUGUCAAGAAGGCAAACAGUUCUGUUUUGUUUGCAUCAAUUCUCAGGAACUGCUGCCAAUUUCCUGGUAGAACAGUGGAUCCGUCAACUCUCCUUGAAAUGCCUUUCACACGUUUGUCCCUGGCUUGAGAUUUCAGGCUGUUGUUACAGUACUGGUCCCAGACUAUAUCCACACGACAGGCUCUUUGCAAGUGACCUUGUAUGUAUUUUGCAAGAAUACUUUCAGUGCAUAAUCAAUGGUUUUGGCAGCAUCUGGUUUCAGAAAGUUGACCAACACUGCCCCGUCAAGGAUAGUGACGUCAGUAUCUGGUUUUGGACCAUCACCUCUGACCUCUGCGCAACUCUCUAGACACACCAAUAGAUCUGAUUUGGUUCCCAGUCGUAACUUCCCAAGCUGAGAUAUUGACGGGGGAUAUGCUUGGUUUUCAUGGCGGAAAAAUUCUUCCAGAUCACCAUCUCGUGUUUGAAAUGCGAUGUAGAGUCUUGAGAAUAAAGAGCAGUCACUCUUUAGCGAAGUAACUUGCAAACUUUUCUUGGAUUUCUCUCUUUGACGAUCGACUAAACAAUGGCAGUUUAUUCUCCUUUAUUGGCUCAGUAAGAGGUACGGUUCGCUCCAGUAGACGGUCGGCUACGAAGGUCUUGUACUGUUUCUUACCUAUCUCCUCAGCCUGUUGAACAGUAGAAACAACAGUUGGGUCAGCAAUGUCUCUUGUGUCCAGUCGCACUAAGUCUGUACUCUCUUCUAGGAAGGGGUUUCCCAUUUCUUCUAUUACUUCAACCAGACGUUUGACUUGUUGAGUAAAGAUAACCUGUGAACUCUUUGUUUGCUCAUGGUGGCGUGUGUCUUGAUCCAUCCGUAUUUUCCUUCCCUCCAUGGGUGCUUCAAACUCGGUAGUCAUUCUGACCAGUUCCGGCCCAGCCACCAUACAUCUUCUAAGAGCAUUUGGAGUUUGAGUGAGUCCAACAGCACCACCGUCACUCUUCACAGCCGCAUAAUUUUGCUCAUGAGCCUGGUCAAUGGCCAUGGAUGAGAACACUCGUUUUGUCUUGUGAACUGUGAAUUUGCCAUUGGUGAAUUCAGUAGCAAUCUCUGGGUGUGACUUGCUAAGACUCAUCAUGUCUCGAAUGUGGACAGGCACCCAUUAUGCAUAGUUGGUGUGGUCCAUGCUGAAAAACCAUGGUGCAAGCUGUGUGAGGCUGUCAAUGUACAGGGGGAAGUCUGCUGUCCUCAGUGACUUGACAAACGUUAAGAGGAGGAGUGCCAGUUGAAGAGUGCCAGAAUUUGAACUGUGGCACAUCUUGAAUUCUUUGACCACACCAGUCAUCAAAGGAUUCAGGUUGGCUUUCAGACUCCAGAGACUCUGUGUAAUGAGCAUAAGACUUUGUUAGUUGGAUAUAUAAGCUGCUUGCUGUGCAUGUCUGGUUCUUGUAACAUGAGAUGCCUUCAGAAAUAAAUUUGCAGUUCCAGGAGAAGCAACUCUGGCCUGAACCAAGGCUUCCACCCAGCCAGCAUCUUCCAGCCAGUCUCCGAUCACUUUUAGUCCAGCCAUCUCUUUAUACAAUCCUCUGAAGAUGAUGCCGAAAAGAUCUUCCCCGUACGUUGAUGGCCAAGUCCACUGUAUCUGUUUGGAGAUGGUGUAGAGAGGUUGAUCCACAGUGAUCACUGGUGUCUGUCCUGGGUUGACUUCCAUCACAGCUUGUUUAAUCACAUCCAUGGAGUGCCGUAUCAUACCAACAGACUUGGAGUCGUCCGGAAAGAGGGGAAGUAGUGCUGUGAUCGCCGGCAGAUUAUCUUGUCCUGACUCCUUACUGGCAUGGUAGGCUGCCCAUGAUAAGUUACUGUCACUUUGUGGAAUUUCUAGAUACCUCUGUUUCACAGUAUCCAGCCAUCUAUAAGUUAAGCAAGUACAUUACAAUUGUAAGAAAACAAUCAAACAUUUACUCAUGGUAAAACAAUAAUGUUAUUGCAUCAGGUUCUUAGACAUGGUAUCAUCUUAAAAUAUAAAAGGUACGGACCCAUACUCUUGGUGCAAUGCCUGGAUGAUCUCCUACUCAUCACUCUUCAAUGGACCAUAAGCCUUUGGGAGUGGAGGAUUAUUGACAGGAUGGGUACUUUAUAAUACCGGACUCGUUCGCUUCUUCACUAGACACACGCGCUACCGCUCGCUCUCCUCGCUCGUCCACUCACUCACACACGCAUACGCACACUGCCAUUCUCGCGCAUACACAUAUGCUACUCGUAACACUAUGCCUCGUUAUUGCGACGUUCAUGUUUUUCCUCAUCGAUUGAAAGUUAGGCUAUUAAACAUGUUGCAUUCUAUACGGCCUGAUUAUGUCAUUAUUUAAGCUACAUAGCCUAAUAAGAAGCGCUAAUAAGGAUAUUUGAAUAAACCAACCAAACAGUUAAAGGGGCCCUAUUAUGCCUACCAGCAAAAAGCAUCCUCCAACUGCAAUCUUUGGUUAUUUCUUUAUCAAUUUAGCUAUACUUUAAUAGUAUUCUUUCGGUUCAAAUCUGUUCAGUGUUCCAAAUUAUUUGUUAUUAAAUGUUACAUUAAGAUAAUUGGUAUUUAAGUGUUGUUUAAAUAAAAUGCUUUUUAAAUUUAAAAGAAUCGUGGGAUGUAUCGAACCGUGGGUCAAAAAUCGUGAUACAAACCGAAUCGUGAAUUUGUGUAUCGUUACAGCCCUAGUAGAUGCCCAUCCCACGUAGAUGGGCAAUGGGGUUUCUCUGUCUUUGUGGUGACGCACAGUAGUACUACCCGCUCUGCGACGGAUAGAGCUAUUGUACUGCAACAAC